AUGAUAUUUUAUCUAAUAUUAAUAGACGCAGCUCUAGCAUCAAGUACAGAAAGCCUUCAUGAAUUUUCGUGAAACCAAAAGAUCCUGCUUAUAUCUAUAACUUUUUGCUUAAUCCUCUUCGCAGGAGCGAUGUCUGGCCUGACCGUAGGAUUAAUGUCAUUUAGUGUUAAGGAGCUUGAAAGCAAAAUUAUGUGUGGAACUGAUCAAGAGCUAAAAUACGCCAAAAGAGUCCUUCCAAUUGUUUCAAAGCAUCAUCUACUAUUAGUUACACUACUUCUGGGAAACACAAUUGCUAUGGAGACUUUGCCGAUUAUGCUUGAAAUGAUGGUAGGAGGAGGUGGAGCAAUACUUAUAAGUGUACCCAUGCUUAUGAUAUUUGGAGAAGUUUUACCGCAAGCAUUUUGCACAGGACCUGAUAAACUUAUGAUUGCAAGCAAAUUAGUACCAUUGGUGAACAUUGUAACCUAUUUCCUUUAUCCUUUGAGCUAUCCAAUAUCUUUAUUUCUUGACAGGCUAUUAGGUAAAGGAGAGGAACCUGCCCAAAAUGGAAGCCUAACAGAACUUCACUCUAUAACUGACAGCAAGUGCAGUAGGAGCAUAAAUAGCAUAGGUUCGGAUGAAAUAACUGAAGAAAAUACUAUUGGGAAUGAGUCGAUAAAUAAAUACAUAAAGCCAAUCGAGCAAACUUUUAAAUUGAGUAUAAGUUGCACUUUUACUAAGAAAACUUUGAAAGUUAUCAAAGAGUCUAAGCACAGCAAAGUGCUAAUUCACAACGAAAAAGAUGAAAAAGUUAUUGAAGGGAUAUUACUGACAAAAGAAUUGAUAGGAAUUGAUGAAGGUGUUUCUCUUAAGAGCCCUGAAAUACAUCUAGAAGCUCCCUUAUUUAUUAAGGGAGAAUACACAAUAUUUCAGGCUUUAAAUGCUAUGCAUCAAAAUGAAAUACAGAUUGCAAUAAUUGUUGAUGAAAAUAGUCCAAGAAAUAAAUCUAUUGGGAUCAUAACUUUAAAAGAUAUAAUGGAUGUAAUCCAUAAUAGAACAAUUGGUAGAGAUAAAAUACUUGAUGAAAAGAAUGAAAACGAUAUUGACAAAAAUCAAAGCUUCGCAAAAGAAAAUGAACAUUAUCAUAAUUAUUUAUAGCUUGACAUCUGAUUACGCCUCAGCCACCACCAAUACCGCUCUUUCCUCAUUGCAUUUCCCGCAGCCCUAAAGCUUUAGCUUAACCAAUUUAGUAUCUGGAUGCCAAUCUUGAAGUUUGGACUUCAACCGCUCUUCUUUGAGGUAUGCAACUUAUUUGAGUUUAGACAUCUUAAGGUCCAGUCUCCAUAAUCUAGGGUAAAGAGUACCCACUGGAAAUUAGACUCCCAAGGACACAUCCCACGCUUUGCACCUUGAACUCUUGAUUCCCUUUCAUAACCGAGAUAAAACCUCAUAAUUAAAUAUAAAAGAGAAGAAUUUUCGAUUAAGAUGCCAGAAAAUUUAAGUGGCAUCAUAUUUAAAUUAUAAAUAAAAUGAAUCAGCUUUUUAUAAUUUGAAAAAAUAUAUUGAGAUGCUGUCUGUGAAAUAUUUUGAUAAGCGUUUUUUUAAUCAAAAAGUUAAAUUAUAA